GGGACUUGAAUAAUUUUGGCAGUAUAUAAAGCCACCAUAAUCUCAAUUACUCUUCUCAUCACUUUCAUUUCAACUUACUCACUACUCUACUUCUCUUCUCUUGUACUACUCAACUCACUCACUCACUCACUCAAGUGAGAAUUAAGAAGAAAGAUGAGCAGACCAGGAGAUUGGAACUGCAGGACAUGCAACCACCUCAACUUUCAAAGAAGAGAAUCUUGCCAACGAUGUGGGGAGUCAAGAAUGACUUCUGGCUGCGGCGCCGUUGAUUUUGGUGGCUCCUUUCUUGGUGGAAGAGGCUCUAGCUCCCCUUUUCCUUUCACCACCGGCCCUGAUGUCCGUCCUGGUGACUGGUAUUGCACUGUUGGAAACUGUGGAGCUCACAACUUUGCCAGCCGCUCCAGCUGCUUCAAAUGUGGUGCCCCUAAGGAUAUUGAUACCUUCUCCUCUGACUCCUCAGACAUGCCACGAUUAUUGAGAUCACCAUACGGUUUUGGAGCAGGCAGCGCUGGUGGCGGUGCCUCCACUCGCCCCGGCUGGAAAUCCGGUGACUGGAUAUGCACCAGGUCUGGGUGUAACGAGCAUAACUUCGCCAAUAGAAUGGAAUGCUACCGAUGCAACGGUCCAAGGGACUCUAGUACUGGAAGAUCUUCCUAUUUAUCGUGAACUUUCUCCAUCUGGUUUGAUGUCCAAGAAGAGAUAAUUGAGAGAGGCUAUAAUAUUUCCUAGAGAUAGUUACUUAUUUUUGGUCUCUAUCAAUGUUUACUUUCGUUUUUCUUUUGAUUUUCUUGUAUCCAGCUAGCUAGCUAGGAAUCUUUAGGUUGGAAUAUUUUGAUUUUGAGUAUGGUUGGCGCUGAUUAGUGUAGUAUCUCGGCAGUUAGCUAUGUAUCUAGCUAGCUAGCCCAUGUACUUUUUUUGAGUAUCAACGAUUUUAAUAAUAUUAGUGUUAAUGUGUUCCUUCA